ACCGCUGCAAAGAUCCUGCUACAAGAGGCGGGUGGGGCGGCGUGUCGUGUCUGCCUCCCAGUGGCUUCCUGAUCCUCCCUGCCCCGGAGGGCGUGGACCCUCUGCAGGGGAUCUGCCCAGGCGACCCACCGCCGCCUCCUCUCAUCCUGUUCUCACUUUGGCAAGGCAAGUCUGGAGCAAUCCGGAGGGAGGAGGAGGGUUAAAGGGAGCGAGAGGAGACUCCUAGAGAGAACCCAGGAGGAAGCGUCUCCUUGCCCGCGUUCUCCGCCCCGCCCCCGAAAGGGUCCUUUCCUUGAUCUGCCGACAACAUCGACUCCUUCUAGGGACCUGGUGGGAGAAGCCUCAGCCACUACCUAGAUUAGAAUCGCCCAGAUUUGCUUGCAAAAUUUCCUCCAGCUACACGGCAGAAUGUAACGUUGCCAAGAGAGAAAGGUGUUGCCUUCACACCUGUUUGGAUUAGCUCCACCUGUUUGGGCAGCUCUUCUAUUAAGAGAGAAAUUGGCCAAAGAGCAGGGAGACCUUUGAGUAUUCCUGGAGGCUGCCCUGGACUACAGACAAAAGAUGGAGGAAGAAGAAUUGGCUAGGCCUAGAGCAGUUAGAGGCCGUGAGGGUGGAAGUGCUGGGGAAUUCUGGAAAAGGACAGAGCAGAAGAUGCUGGGAGAGAAUUUCACUGCCUCUGAUGUACAGCGCCAGCGCUUCAGGCAGUUCUGCUACCAGGAGGCCGAAGGACCCCGAGAAGCUUGUAGCCAACUCCAUAGCCUUUGCUGCCAGUGGCUGAAAUCAGAAAGACACACGAAAGCUCAGAUCCUGGACCUGGUGAUCCUGGAGCAGUUCCUGGCCAUCCUGCCCCUGGAGAUGGGGAUCUGGGUCAGAGAAUGCGGAGCAGAGACCAGCUCCCAGGCGGUGGCCCUAGCAGAAAGUUUCAUCCUGAGCCAGGCAGGGAAGAAGAAGCAGGCACAGCAGCAACAGGAGGAGGGGCAGAGGCUAUCAAAAGCAGACACGGAUUUAUCUGAGGCCCAGAAGACUCUGUCAGACCCCAGACAGAAGCUGCUGUUCAGGGGGAAGUUGCCAGAGGAUGACACAGGGGCCACCUUAAGGGGUGGCAAGAUCACACUGGCUGUUCAGUCCAGGCCUUCUCUCUCUGGUGGAUUGGAGAUGGCUUCUCUGCAAAUGGAACAGGGUCUGGUGACUAUUGAGGAGAUGGCUGUGAAUUUCUUGGAGGAGGAGUGGGCUCUGCUGGAUCCAGACCGAAGAGCUCUGCACAGAGAAGUUACAGAGGAAUUCUGUGGGCAUCUGGCCUCUCUGGAUGAUGGAGGAGAAGCCAAGAAGGAAUUUGAACAGCAGAGAAAGAAUAGGGUAGCAAAGCAGGAGGAGGUUAAGAAAUCUUCUGCUUCUGGAUGCUCUGACUACCAUGAAUUUCCAAACAAAAAAAGGUACCGUGAAGGGAAGAGAGAGAAUAAAUGCCCUCCACAUGCAAAAAUCUUAACCAGCAAGUCAAGCUGUAGUAGUAAUCAAAGAAUUGCUACAGAUAAGAAAAAAUACAAAUGUAAAGAGCAUGGAAAGAGCUUCACUUGCAAAAUGAGCCUUAUUCCCCAUCAAAGAAUGCACACAGGGGAGAAACAAUAUCAGUGUUCAGAAUGUGGAAAGAACUUCAGAAAUCGCUCACACCUUAGCUCCCAUGAAAGAAUCCACACAGGGGAGAAACCAUAUCAAUGCUCAGAGUGUAGAAAGAGCUUCAGAAAUAGUUCACACCUUAGUUCCCAUGAAAGAAUCCACACAGGAGAGAAACCAUAUCAGUGCUCUGAUUGUGGAAAGAGCUUCAGCCAGAGCUCAACCCUUCAUUCCCAUCAAAGGAUCCACACAGGGGACAAACCAUAUCGGUGCUCAGAAUGUGGAAAGAGCUUCAGCCAAAACAAAUACCUUAGUUCCCAUCAAAGAAUCCACACAGGGGAGAAACCCUAUCAGUGCUCCGAAUGUGGAAAGAGCUUCAGCCAGAGUGCAAGCCUUAGUGCCCAUCAAAGAAUCCACACAGGGGAGAAACCAUACCAGUGCUCAGAAUGUGGGAAGAGCUUCAGGCAGAGGUCAAACCUUAAUUCCCAUCAAAGGAUCCACACAGGAGAAAACCCUGACAAUGUUCAGAAUGUAGAAAAAGCUUUUGCCAAAACUCAAGCCUUAAUUCCAAUCAAAUAAUCCACACAGGAGAAAAACCUUAUCAAUGCCCAGAAUGUGGAAAGAGUUUCCUCACAUCUUAGUUACAAUCAAAGAAUCCACACCAAGAAACCAUAUUGGUGCUCAGAAUGUGAAAGGAUCUUCUGGACUUACUCUAAACUUAUUUCCCAUUGAAGAAUUGACUCAAGAUAAAAAAUCCUAUAAAUGCUCAGAAUGUGAAAAGAACUUCAGCUCCAGGAGCAGCCUAGUUUCCCACAAAUAACACGCACACGGGGGGGAGAAACUGUAACAAUACUCCGAGUGUGGAAAGAACUUCUGCAAGACCUCACUGUUACAUCCCAUCCAAGAAUGCUCACAGGGAAGAAACUGUAUCAGCUCAGAAUGUGGAAAGACCUUCAGGACAAACUGGAAACUUACUAUCACAUUGUUCACAGAGGGGAGAAACCAUAUCAGUGCUCAAAUUGUGGAAAGAGCUUCAGCAAGAACACAAGCCUUACUUCCCAUCAAAGAAUCCACCCAGGGGAGAAAACAUUUCAGUGCCCCAGGUGUGGAAAGAGCUGCAGGCAGAGCUCAAAGCUCACUUUCCAUCAAAAGAAUCCACACAGGAGAAAUUAUUUAUAUGUGGAGAGAGUUGUGGGCUCAUUGGGAGUAGUUUAUCUUUCCUCUCCUAGCUGUAAAGCAUCUGCUUCCAUUUUAGUUUGGAAAGUCACUAUCUGGGGGACCCUCCCAAGACAAGUGGGGGACUUUCAUCUAUCUGUGUUUCUUGCAAGGGAUAAGAGGAGCCUUGGACAGUUUCCUUGGAAGGUCCCUAACCCUAACCCACCCUGACCCUGACCCUGACCCUGACCCUAACCCACCGGAAUUCAGGAACACGCCGUGGCAGAGGGCGAUCCCCAUGCUGCAAGGGUCAUGGCUGCACGGGGCGAAAGCGGAAGAGCUCUUCGACGCAGCGCUCAGCACUCAAGCACAAGCCCAAGCAGCCGCGGCGGUGAGGUUGCAGGCGCAGCUCUUGGAGCUGUCGAGGGGAAUACGAACAGGAUCCACGGCAGGAACCUCCCUUGGGGGUCUGGCUCCGGAUCUGCGGCCGAGCGGCGACGGCGACGGCAGCCGGAGCAGUGCCAACAGU